UGGUAGCAGAGAUGGCAGCAGCAUCAGCAGCAUUGUGUUCUGUGGUGGUGGUGGUGGCGAUGUUGGUGACCACAGUGGCUGCCAGUGACGUAAUGAGUGACGUCAUCAAGUGUGGUGGUGACCAGGACGCAUCCUCGUGUCUCAAGAUGACGGCUCUCAGACUGCUGGACACGGCAUUGGCCGCGGACUCUCUGAGACUCACUGAUGACGUCACUGUGGACCGUCGACCUGACGUCACUGUACCUCGUCACUUUGGUCCUCAGAACGUCACCUCUCUGGACGGCGUGCUCCUGGACAGAGUGUACGAGCUCAUCACUACCAGGACUGUCCACGUACACGAGCAGCCCGAGGACGCCGAAGGUCGAGGUAGGAAGAAGAAGAAGGGUGGUGGCAUCUACUUAGCCAUGUUCGGUGCUAUGGGAGUGAUGCUGCUGAAGCUGGCCUUGGCCACUCUGGCGCUGCUGUCUGGCAAGGCUCUGCUGAUAGCCAAGGUGGCGCUGCUGCUGUCAGCCAUCCUCGGCCUCAAGAACUUGCUGGCGCAUCAGCCGCAGGAGAAACACGCACCUCAGGUUAUCUACGCAGAGCCCGAGGCCCCUCACUCUGCCUGGUCCCGCAGUACACAGGUUCCCGAGGCCGCACAUGAUAUUGCCUACAGAGGUCAACGUUCCCUACACGCUCGUCGUUCCUAAUUGUUUCCUCUAUCCACAGUCACCCCAAUGUGUAUCUAACAACUGUUUUUACACAUUUAGUCGUGCAUCUAAUAGAUAGUGUCGCAUUGCAUAGUAUAUUAAACAGAUGUCACACAAUUCCUUAUCAUUCCUGAUCAUUCUCUCCCCACAGUCAUCAUAAUCUUUUACAUAUCUCGGUCAUACAGCCCUUACAUCCCUUAUAUAGCUCCCUUGGAUGAGUUGUCACAUAACAUGUAAUGUUGAGGUAUUUUUUACACAUUUAUUAUUUAUAAUCAUUCUCCACACAUAAUCAUCUCCAUAUGUUAAACAUUUUAGUCACCAAGCCAUCAAAACUUAAAUCACACACUUUAUUCGGCAUUAUUGUUCCAUUCACUCUCGUUAGUCCAUUCCACAAAACGUACCACAAUUUCCUUUUAAUAAUUCUUUGCUGCACACUACGAUAUUUUCGUUACUGUUUCAUGUUUAUCACGAAUACUAGAACAGACACGGUAUGGAUCGUAAACAUAAACAAAUGAUGUUACUGAACCAAAAGUAAACAUUAUUUAACUUUGCUCAAAUAGAACUGUAUAAACCAAAAUUUUAAUGCUACUAGUAUAGGGUUCGGGCCAGAAACGUUAUUUGUUUAUGUUUAUGAUCCAUACCGGUUUGUUUAAGUAUUCGUGAUGUGUAUAUAGUAGUUUAGUUCCUAGCAUUAG